UCCGCCUCUUCCUCCUCCUCCUCCUCCUCCGACGUCGGAUUUUGUUCUGACGAAGCCCCCCGUGGGCGCCCUGCCCGGCUCCCUCGGCUGCGCUGGCCGGCGCGCCCGUGGCCGGGCGCGGGGCGCGGGGCUCGGGCAUCUUUCUCGGCGAAACGGCGCCUUUUUUUUCGGAGGGUUCGGCCUCCUCCUCCUCGGCCCUGUCCCUCCUCGCGUCGUUUGUCUUGCGCCCCUAGCGCCCUCCCCCUCCUCCUGCUCGGUUGAAGCGCAGCAGUUUUUUCAAAUGGCGUGCGAGAGUCUGGUACUCCCUCCGGCCUGCGAGCCGCAGCCCCUGGACCCAGACCGAGGGGGAACCGGACCUGCGAUCGUCGCUGCCGGCCGCCUCUGCACUGCCAGGGUGGCGGGCGCGCGUCGGGCCCAGAGGCUGGAGGACGGCCUCCAUGGGGCUUCGGCCGAUCCCGCUGGCCACCCGCAGAGCCUCCAAAAUCUACCUCUCGUGGGUCAGCUCGCCUCCAGGACGGCCAGGAGGCCUCGCCGCCGCAGCCGCGUUCCUGCGGCAAGGCUGGCGAAGCAAGCCACCUGCUCAGAGGCCCGUCGGCCCCGAGCACGUCUCGACGCACGGCUCGUUGGCCGUGCCGGCAGCUCUGGCGGAGGAACGGCUUCAGGCACCUCCUCCCAGAGCCCGCUGCGGUAGGGAUCCUGAGGGCCCGCCUCCGCGGCGCGUGCCGGCUCCGCCACAACUUCCGACGCUCCCGAGCCUUGCCGGAGCGCCUCGCCACGCCGGGGCGUGCAGCAGGCGUCGCCGCGCCCUCUCCUCCAUCUCC